AAGUUAGAUUCGGGAGCCAAUUCUGGUGAGCACAUCACUGGCAUGUUUCUGCAACUGGUAGAGGAAGGAAUAGUCCCAGGUUGUUGACAUUCAGGACUGCCAGAGAUCAGGCAACUGCUUAGCCUCGCACUGACAAUGACCUCAUGGUGUCAAUCAUUAGUAACAUUGUGCAAAUGCACAGUGUCAAAAGCAGCAAGCAGAUUUGUCAUAGGUACUCAGUAAAUUGGAUCGAAGAUUGGACUUGUCUGCUAAUAUUAUCAGUGUCGGACUGACUUCAGCAAAUGUAUGCCUGACUGUCUCCAUGGACAGAUUGGCAGGUGCCAAGUCCAGCAGAACGUUCAGUGACAACUGGAACUGCAUGCCGACUGACAUUGCCUCGCUGCUGAUGCUCAACAGGGAGACGAGGGACCUCAACUUCUCAAGGUUGCCCUUCCUCUCAAAGGAGAUGAGGUAGUUCCAGCAGUUACCCAGAUCAUAUUACUGCGAGGAAAUGGCAAUUUCACGGUCUGUAAUUUCUCUGCUCAUGUUUUGUUGUGGGUUGGGCUUAGGAUUCAUCAUAUGCAGACUAGCAAUUAGUGCAAUAAAAAAAGAAGCACCUCAGCACAGUCAUCUGAUUUUCAAUGACCCUCAUGGCCACUUGGAAGACUCUCACCAUCACCAACACCAUCAAAAUCUUCAAGGAGAGAUGAACUUCAAUGCUGACGUCAGUCAACAUCAAGAUGAAAACAGAAGUGUUGCAGAUGAGCUAUAUAAGACAGUGCGAAUCCUGUGCUGGGUGAUGACUGGGCCCCAGAACCUUGCCACAAAGACCAAACAUGUCAAAGCUACAUGGAGCAAAAAAUGUAAUGUCGUGCUUUUCAUGAGCUCAGAAGAAGAUAAAGAUUUCCCUACAGUGGGACUGGGUGUUAAAGAAGGCAGGGACCAAUUAUAUUGGAAAACUAUUAAAGCUUUUCAGUAUGUUCAUGAACAUCACUUGAAUGAUGCUGAUUGGUUUAUGAAAGCAGAUGAUGACACUUACGUAGUGGUUGACAAUUUGCGCUGGCUGCUAUCAAAGUACUCUCCUGACCAACCGAUAUUCUUUGGCAGAAAAUUCAAACCAUAUGUUAAGCAAGGAUACAUGAGUGGUGGAGCUGGAUAUGUGUUGAGCAAGGAAGCACUGAAAAGAUUUGUUGAUGCCUUUAAGACCGGGAAGUGCACUCAUUUUACAUCUACUGAAGAUUUAGCUAUGGGGAGAUGUAUGGAGACUGUUAACGUAGAAGCUGGUGAUUCCAGGGAUACAAAUAAAAGAGAAACAUUUCAUCCCUUUCCACCAGAACAUCAUUUAUCAAAAAGCUACCUACCCAAAACCUUCUGGUACUGGAACUAUUGUUUUUACCCUGCAAAAGAGGGACCCGAAUGUUGCUCUGAUCUGGCAGUAUCGUUUCACUACAUUGAUUCCAAGACCAUGUACUAUUUGGAAUACAUGACUUACCAUCUACGACCAUAUGGCUACAAGUUUAGAUAUAAUCCAGAUUCUCUCCCAAAAAAGUUGGAGUAGAGAAAAUGAAUUUCUGUAACAAUAUUGUUAGACACAGCAAUGAAGAAAUUGUAAAAGUGCAAAGAUUUCAAAUGAAUGAAGAUUUUGAUUAUCAAAACGAUUUUGGAAUUUCUCUCCAUGCAAGUCUUACAAAACAACAGAACUAUAUGUAAGUUUAUAAUUCACAUGAAUGAAAGUUAAUAGUUGAUGACAUCAGUUGGAUAAUUUUAUUUUGAGUGUAUUUUCUCUCUCAUGACUGACUUCAACUAACUAGCAAAAAGAUUUGCAACGAACCAUUUGUAGCUCCCUCAUAACUUAGUCGAAAAUACUACCUUGUAUCUUGGUUUAGUUAGAGGUAACUGAUUUAAUUUCCAGUCUUGGCUGGGGAAGUUCAAGACUUCCUCAAUCAGCUUCAAUUUUGCUGGGCUAGGAUAGAGGAAAAAUCAUUCGGGCUUCUGUUUCUCACUAUUUCACAUUUCCUGCUGGGGAAAAAAAUACAUUGACACUUUUUAUAAAUAACAUGAGGCAGUGACAUUCGUAGGUGAGGAACACCUCAAUCGCAGGAACUGCUGUAUCACCUAAAUGACCAUUUUGGGAAAAAUACAGGAGAGUUGAUAUUGUUCCAGAGCUGUAAGACUUAAGCCAGAAGGAGUAAUAAAGGGUAGAAUUGAAGAUGGAACCAUUUUUAAAAGAAAAACCUUAUCAUUGCAUAUGGUGUCCAGGUGGUGUUUAAUGAUUAUGCAUACAUCAUUGAUGAUAAGUCAUUUUUUUGUUUUGAAAAUUUGGAAUUAAACCUGGGAUAAAUUUAAACUUCAGUGGAAAUAAAUGUAAAACGAGCUGCCAACUUGCUAUCACUCAUUUUACACUCGACACACAAAGUCAACGUUAUCCUCAAAUGAGCCUUAUUUUUGAGCCUUUGUACCUCUGGCUCUUUGGCAGAGUUAUUCAAUUAGAAUUUUUCCCCUUCUCUCUUUCCUAUAGCCUUGCAUUACCUUGUUUUAUGUUUUUAAAUGUCAAACUUGUAGCAGGUGUUAUAUUCAGUUUAAUAAUUGUGUUGUGGAAUUAGGUCUCUAGCUUGAGUGCCUUGAGAAGAAUUCAUGCUUGACUUUAUAGUAUUGAAAGGAGCCAUUUUGCCUGUCUAUGCAAUUUUUUUUUAUAACAUGAGCUACCUUGUCUAAUUCCACAUUUCUUUCAGAUUUCAUGCCCUUCUAGCAUUCCUGUAUGUUUCUAUACUGGGUAACUAAUUUUAAAUGGUUUGAUAGACUCUGCUUCCAUGUGGAUUUAUGACACAGAAUUAAAAAUUCUAACCUUGCUCUUCAAUUUGCCUUUAAUGCCACACAUUAGACAAUUAUUUUUUAAAGCAACUUGUCAUGUAAGUAUGUAAUCUGCAAAUCUACUUUAUGAUUGCUCAAUUAAAAUUUGCAGAUUUUCUACUUUAAAAUUGUACUCUGUUCAGUAAUUUGAUUUGGACUUAAUUGAAAUUUAGGAAACAGUAAGGACUGUAGAUGCUGGAAGCCAGAGUCCAUAAACGUGGAGCUGGACAAACACAGCAGGUCAGGCAGCAUCAGACGAGCAGGAAUGUCAACGUUUUGGGCUGAAACCCUUCGUCAGAUCUGGGGAGGGGGAGGGUAUCCCGGAUAUAAAUGGAAGAGGGGGGUGCUGAGGAAAGGUAGGUGGGAUGAUGAUGGGUGGAUGUAAGGGGUUAUAGUGAUUGGUCAGUGGGAAGGGUAGAGUGGAUCGAUGAGUAGGAAAAUGGACAGGUCAGGGAGUUAGGACAUGGGAUAAGGCUGUGGGUGGAGGGAUUUUGAAGGUGGUGAAAUCAAUAUUCAGGGCGUUGAGCUAUGUGCUCCCAAGACGAAAUAUCAGAUGUUGUUCCUCCAGUUCAUGUCUGGCCUGACUCUGACAGUGGAGGAGGCCAGGGGAGGGGGAAUUAAAAUGGAUGGCAACUGGAAUGUCAAG